AUGCAGACUUCAAUGAUGCCCCGUCGACACAAAUUUGCCCCUCAUCUCGUGACGAUCUCCGAGACUGCUACCAUUUUCGUAAGCAAGGAGAAAAAGUCCUGCAUUGCAGAACUAGAGACAGGUAGUAUCUCUACACGUUCGAAUGAUGCGAGAAUUACACGAUCAAACUCUGCACCACCUGACGCGGAAGCGAUUAACCGACGAUUGCCAAUGUUAAUGUCGGCGCGUAAUCGUUCACAUUCGGCCGAGUGUCUGUUAAGGGCCACUACUAAGACCUGCACGACAACGACAGCCGAGACUCGCGCUCCAUUCUUCAACAUUAUCGACGAUUGCUCGCAGAAACUUGACAAGACCAACAAAUAUGGACGAUCGAAACUUCACAAUGCCGUUCGGAAGGGUGACAAACAAGCAAUCACACAUCUUCUCGCGACUGAGCCUGAAUUGCUACACCAAGCGGAUAAGCGAGGCAAUCAUCCGCUACAUUAUGCCGCUAGUCCCAAUGUCCCGAACGGUGUUGCUGUCGCCUGUUUGUUGCUCAAAGCUGGUGCAUCCGUGAACGCAAUGAAUAACCGACAACAGACACCUCUAUUCAUCGCUGUCAUCUCGAACAACACUGAUGACGACACUAUACCGAGACUUCUCCUUUUUCACCAUGCAAAACCGAUGAUUAAGGUCACGAAUGAUCUUAUGCUGGCACAUUACGCCUCCUCUCGAGGUCAUUACAAGGUCGCUGCUACCAUUCGUGAGUACAUUUGA